UAAGAAAUGAAGAAAAGCUUUGUGUGGAUGCGAUGAGGGUUAGAGCAUAUCUAUGUUUAAUAAUCUGGUUAAUUGGACUCCGGGGUGUUGUUAUUCCAUGUGAUUGCAGCAGCGAACUUACGCGCCUCCGACUCUAAACAUCGCGGUUUAGGAGGAGUUUGCGCCUCUUGCAGCUCCUCUCAGACCUUCACCAAAGCGUUUCCCUCUACGUGAGCGCGGCAGAGCAACAAGCGCGGACCUGCGGACACUUUUCAGCGUGCAAAGUCCAGAGUCACUUUCUGGGAGAUGAGCCAAACCAGCCGACAGUUGCCCUGCAGCAGAAACUGCGCUCAGGGGACGGCGGGGAAGGCAGGCGACGCGGCGGGCGCUCUCGGCAUGGCGCGGAAAAGCGAGGAAAGUGGAGGGUUUUUCAGCAAGACGCGCACCGGAAGACUCCGGGACUCGGAGAGCGGCGGCUACGCGUCCGAGCGCGCAAAUGCGCAAGACAUGGAGGCGCACUGCUGCCAGGCGGCCCCCAAGGAGAACUGCCGCGCGGGGGACGGCCGCGCGCUCUCCGCCUGCAUCUCCGAGACGGCCCGGGAACUGUGCAAAGCCGUGUCCGUGUCCCUGGGUCUCACCGUGGAGUCCGGGGACGCCGGCAGCGCGGAUGCCGCGUGCGCGCCGAGCGAGCACAUGAGCGCGGAGUGCUUUUACGACGUGACCUGUCCCGGAGCCCCGACGGCCGAGUACAGGUGUCCCGAGCGAGCCCCCCACGAGCACAAGCACCCGCUGAAAAUGUUCCGGACGUCCGAGAGCCCCUCGCCGUUCCACCCGCUCGGCUCCACUCGGACGUCCGCGCAAAACUUCCCCGCGUGCGAGGCUGAUGACAUAACCAGCCCCUGCCCCUACGUCCCCCCCGCCUCAUCCUCGGAGCACCUGGCUCACUUCGGACACGCGGCUGCGGGCAGGCCGUGCGGGGGCUACGAGCCCCCCGAAGGAGCGGGGGAAGCCGCGGAGGAGAAGUACCCGCCGGAGCAGUACGGCGUCCGAGUCAAAUGCGAGGGCAGUGAGAUGGCGGGAGCGCUGUGGGCAAGCAAUUACACCUUCAACAAGAGGUACAACACGCAGCUGUGGGGGUCGAGGCACUGCGUGAACUCUCAAGACGCGGGGGCGAACCCCGCGUUCAUCUCUAACCCCUACGAGGGCAGCGUCGUGCGUCCGGAGCAGUGGUAUCCUGGCGGGAUGCCCAGGACGCCCUAUCCCAACUCCAACUACAUGAAGAGUGAGGUCGGUGAGUGGCUGGACGUUUCCUACAGCGAUGCAGGCAGGUUUGAGGCUGGCAGAGAGCACAUGUUUCCCAUGGAGUUCUUCUUCCCCCCUCAAAGGACGUGCCUGAUCUGCUCAGAUGAGGCGUCUGGCUGCCAUUACGGCGCCCUCACUUGUGGAAGUUGCAAGGUCUUCUUCAAAAGAGCCGCUGAAGGCAAACAAAAAUACCUGUGUGCGAGCAAGAACGAUUGCACGAUUGACAAGCUCAGGAGGAAGAACUGCCCUUCCUGUCGACUAAAGAAGUGUUUUGAAGCUGGAAUGACCCUCGGAGCACGCAAGCUAAAGAAGAUUGGACAGCAGAAAAACUCAGAAGACGAUCUUCCUGUGCAAGAGCCGGCUGAUGUCCCCCACCACACUUCUCCUCAAUCGGGUCCCAACUUCAACUCCCAGCUGGUCUUCCUUAACAUUUUGGAGUCCAUUGAGCCAGAAGUGGUGAACGCCGGACACGACUGUGGUCAGCCAGACUCUGCUGCCAGUUUGUUGACCAGCCUCAACGAGCUGGGGGAGAGGCAGCUGGUCAAAGUGGUCAAAUGGGCAAAAGGACUGCCAGGUUUUCGAAAUCUUCAUGUGGAUGACCAGAUGACUGUAAUCCAGCAGUCGUGGAUGACGGUGAUGGUGUUUGCUUUAGGAUGGAGGUCGUACAAGAACGUCAACGGCAGGAUGCUGUAUUUUGCUCCAGACCUCGUCUUCAACGAACACCGGAUGCAUAUUUCUACAAUGUAUGAGCACUGCAUACGGAUGAGACAUCUGUCACAGGAGUUUUCGCUGCUGCAGAUCACCCAGGAGGAGUUCUUGUGCAUGAAGGCCUUGCUGCUCUUCAGUAUUAUUCCUGUUGAGGGCCUGAAAAGUCAGAAGUACUUUGAUGAGCUGCGCCUCACCUACAUCAAUGAACUCAAUCGUCUCAUUAACUACCAAAUGGCCACUAAUUGUCCUCAGAGGUUCUACCAGCUGACCCGACUCUUGGACUCUCUUCAGAUGAUCGUAAAAAAGCUCCAUCAGUUUACGUUUGACCUUUUCGUCCAGGCUCAGUCCCUCCACACCAAGGUCAGCUUUCCGGAGAUGAUUGGAGAAAUCAUCUCAGUCCAUGUUCCAAAGAUCCUGGCAGGUUUGGCAAAGCCAAUUCUGUUUCACAAGUAGACCUUUUUUCUUUCUUUCCCCAUGGAAGAGUGGGGUUUUUUCCGCAUCCACAAAUUCUCAACGAAGGCUGUGAACUGUUUCCACACCAAUUCAGUUUUACUGCUUUUAGCUCUGUCCUGUAUGCACAGUAUUAAGGCUCUCAUUUUUUUUUUUUUUUGUUAUAACCUUUUAGUCGUAAUUACAGUUUUGUAUUCAUG